AAUAGCGUUGUAGCUGCCAAACGUCAACAGAACAAGCUGCGAGAGCUGCAGUGACAAACGGCGACGAGAUGUCCCGAGCUACCGGGCAGGACUCUGACACCGCGGACGAGGCCGUGAGGGGGACCUGCGACGACGCCUCUAUCUGCAAGAGGUUUGCGGUCAGUGUCGGUUACUGGAAGGAUCCUUACAUUCAGUAUUUUGUGCGACAAGCCAAGGAGCGCAAAGCACCGGAGAUAAACAGAGGUUACUAUGCUCGAGUACAAGGAGUUAAUCACCUGCUCAACGCCUUCCUUAAGAAGACAGAGUGCAAAUGUCAGAUAAUCAGUCUGGGGGCCGGGCUGGACACCACGUUCUGGAGAUUAAAGGAUGAAACUAUGCUCCCGCAGAAGUAUUUCGAAAUUGAUUUCCCCUCAAUAGUUGCCAGAAAACUAUAUAACAUAAAAUCAAAACCUCCACUGUCCAAGCCAAUAACGGAGGCACAUUCAGGAGAGUCACUGCUUCUAGAUUCUCACAGCCUGGACUCUUCACACUACUCCAUCAUCGGAGCAGACCUGAGAAACCUGAAGGACAUGGAGGAAAGGCUGAAGAAAUUUGGCAUGGACCCACAAUUGCCGACUCUUCUCGUGGCCGAAUGUGUGUUGGUUUAUAUGACGCUCGAGCAGUCUGGCAGUUUAUUGAAGUGGGCUGCAGGCACGUUCCCCACUGCCAUGUUUAUAAACUAUGAACAGGUGAACAUGGCAGAUCGCUUUGGACAAAUCAUGGUGGAGAACCUGCAGAGGAGGCAGUGUAACCUAGCCGGAGUAGAGGCCUGCCGAUCGCUCCAGUCGCAGACGGAGAGAUUACUAUCUAAUGGCUGGGAGGCGGCCGAUGCCUGGGACAUGAUUAAAGUGUACGAUAAUCUUCCCCGAGCUGAUGUUGUGCGGAUCGAGAAACUGGAAUUCUUAGACGAGAAGGAAUUAUUGGAACAACUUCUCCUCCAUUACUGCAUCAGCUGGGCCACCAGAGAUUCUCUAAACCUAGGUCUUGCAGAAAUCACCUUUUGAUCACGCACUGAGACACGGAUGCUGCUGCUGCUGCGAUGGCCCCUGGGUGCUGCGCCUGCACUGAGGAGACCUUCUUGUUUUUUUUUUUUUGUUUUUUUUUAGCAGAGGAGACCCGACCCUCUAAUCUGAUUUCAUCGACUCGACUGAACUGAUUGCACUAACGUUUGUGGCGUUUUUAAAUAAACGACUGCUCUCUUUGA